GUAUUUUACCUCGCUCCCUGACUCGCCACCACAAGGUACUUGUCGUACCUUGGCCGAAUGCCCAUGAUCCUUGCCCCUUGAAGUAACACUUCGUGCUGUAUGUGACCAGCCGACAACAACAUCACUCCUUAAGAAGACGAAGGGAACAAAGCCACCAUCACAACCAUGGCCACCGAAGCAUUCAGCAUAUCCCGCAAAUCCCUCUCCGGCCCAAGGAACAGCACGGUCCUGAUUACCGGCGGCUCUUCCGGGAUCGGUCUACAGACCGCCAUCCUUCUACAUGAACUCGGCAACAACGUGAUUGUCCUCGACCGGGCCCGACCACACGCGUCGGCACCCAAGUCACUAACGUCGUCGCCUCGGUUUCUGUACCAGCAAUGCGACAUCACGUCGUGGAAGUCUCAGCGAGGGGCAUUCGAAGCAGGCCGCCAGAAAUUCGGGUCCAUCGACGCCGUGUUCGUCAACGCCGGCGUGGCGGAGUACAAGGACCAGUUCUUCAAGGACGAAAUGGACGCGGACGGGUUGCUCAAAGAACCCGACCGUCGCACCGUGGACAUCGACAUGCACGCCGCCAACGACACGGCGAAGCUGGCCAUCCAUUACAUCCGAAAACCCAAACCCUCUGGUAAGCCAAAGGGAGGGAGUAUAGUCAUGACGGCCAGCCUGGCGGGAUACCUUGCGAGUGCGGGUGCGCCACUUUACAGUGCCGCGAAGCAUGGCAUCGUGGGUUUGAUGAGGGCACUCAAGAACGACACGGCCACGUUGGGGAUCGCCGUCUCGGUCGUCGCACCGGGCAUCACGCUCACGGACAUCAUCUCGGGUCGACAACCCGGUGAAUCUCUUCGCGACUGGGCGAAGAGGAUGCGCGAGGUCGGCGUGCCCAUCAACGACCCGGCCGAGAUCGCCGAGGCCGUCGUGUACCUCAUGAGCCAGGGCAUGGAGGCCAACGGGAAGGGACUGUUGGUCCAGGCCGGGCGGGUGGCGGAUGUCGAAAAGGGCAUCGCGACGUCGAGAAAAAUCUGGAUGGGAGAGGAGAUGUUGAGCUUGUUCAGGGGCGGCAGGAAUGCGCCAUUGUUCCCCAACAAGUUGUAG